UCUCCUCAUAAAGCGCCCCCACCGUUACGGAUGUUAAUCGUUUAUUUUGCGUUGGAUUGCGUGGGCUGAACAAUCCGGACAUCGUGGCCACCGACGUGGACCCCCCGCCACCGUGACCCACGCAGAGCGGAUUGUACACCCAGAGGCUUCAACAAAUCGGGUCUGGAGCUGGGAGCUGCAGGUGGAUGUUGGCCAGGAGCCGUUCAGUCCUACAGGAACAGACGGUAGAGGUGAUGGAGGCGGUCGUCUGGAGGUCCGUGGCGGUCCAUGCAGGUGGAGGGAAGGCCGGGAGCCGUGCAGCCCAACGGAUGCAGAACGAAGGACUGAGGCGGAGGUCCUGGAGGCAGAGGCCAGCCUGGAGGUCCUGGAGGCGUCCAACCUGGAAGGGGCGGCAUGGAGGGCCAGGUGGCGGCUCCUCAUCCAAAGGGCCUGGAGGCAGCCAACCUAGAUGGCCUGGAGACGGCCGAGGUCCUGGAGGCAACGGCGGGCCUGGAGGUGGAGGCCAACCUGGAGAGGUGAUGGAGGCGGUCGUCUGGAGGUCCGUGGCAGUCGUCUGGAGGUGCUCGCCGUGAGGUCCAUGGCGGUCGUCUGGAGGCGCUCGCUGCAGGUGGAGGGAAGGCCGGGAGCCGUGCAGCCCAACGGAUGCAGAACGGUGAGACACGGAACUGCACAGCUGCACAUUUUUUCUAGGCUUGGUGAAUUGUUUAGAAUUAAAACUUUGACAUACAGCAACUCUGAGGUGUUCUGAAAAAUGUCAGAUGCAUUCUCAGCCAUUAGGACCAGCUCCAGGAUGUAGGCUAGGUGUGUGUGGCUGGCUGUUAAAUAAUGGUUUAAAUAAUACCUCACUCAAGACUGCACAGUAGGGCAUCAGGGAGAUCUGUGGGAGCUAGAGCAGAGGAGGAGUUGAUUAUCUGCAUCAUGUACGGGGAGAAAUGUGCA